AUGGAAAAUUGCAGAAAAUCUCCACUCAAACCAUGGAAGAAAGGCCCCGCGAGAGGAAAAGGUGGCCCCCAAAAUGCUAUGUGCGAAUAUAGGGGCGUUCGACAAAGAACCUGGGGCAAAUGGGUCGCAGAAAUCAGAGAGCCAAAGAAGAGAACCCGACUCUGGUUAGGCUCUUUCGCCACUGCUGAAGAAGCUGCAAUGGCUUAUGAUGAAGCUGCACGGAGGUUGUAUGGUCCCGAUGCUUACCUUAAUCUACCUCACCUUCGAUCAAACUUCAACCCUUUGAACAAAUCACAGAAGUUCAAAUGGUUUCCUUCAAAUAAUUUCACCUCGAUGUUUCCCACUACAGGAUUACUAAAUUUAAACGUGCAGCCAAAUGUACGUGUCAUUCAUCAAAGGCUCCAAGAACUCAAGAAAACUGGAGUUUUUGGACAGUCAUCUUCAUCAAGCUCAUCAUCCAGCGACCCUAAAAUCGAUAUCCAGAGCAUAAACGAUCAACCUCAAGUAGAAAAUCCUCAAAUAAAAAGGAAAGAUGCUGAAUUUUCAUCAGAAAGUACCUUGACCAAUUGUCAAGAGAAGCCACAGAUUGAUCUCAAUGAGUUUCUCCAGCAGAUGGGGAUACUAAAAAGAGAGGAACAGCAUCAAGUAAGUAAUGACUCCAGUAGUCUCACAGAUAUAGAAUCAUCAUCCAAAGACAAUGAAGGAUUUGCUAGCUUUGCAGAUAAAAAUUUUAAUUGGGACACACUGAGUGAAAUAGCUGGAACAGAGAUUCAUCAAGAAACAGAGUCCACUAGUUUCCCUGCAUACGAUAUUAAUGAAGAACUGAAUUUUCCCCCAUCUAUCUGGAACUUCUAA